CGAAACGCACGGUAAAAGAGCGAAAUCUCUCUCUCUUUCUCUCUCUCUAUCUUUCUGUGUGCCAGUGGGGGGAGGACUAGUUCCGAUCUGUCUUCCAUUUUUUCGGCAUUUCCUGGUUUGUCCUGGAAUCCGAGAAAAACAAAGGAAGAACGAGAUAAAGGAAGGGAGGAUUUCUGGUUUCGGGAUUUUGGAUUUGUUUUUCUGGUGGUUUUUGUUGGGCAGGAAAGAUGGGAGUGGGAACGGAGAGCUGGGUGGUGAUGGCGACGGCGAGAUCUCCGACCAACAUAGCGGUGAUAAAGUACUGGGGUAAGAGGGACGAGUCGCUCAUCCUGCCAAUUAACGACAGCAUCAGCGUAACGCUCGACCCUGACCAUCUCUGCACCACCACCACUGUUGCCGCCAGCCCCGCGUUCGACUCAGAUCGCAUGUGGCUCAACGGCAAGGAGAUCUCUCUUUCUGGAGGAAGAUUCCAAGCCUGUCUCAGGGAAAUUCGCAAACGUGCACAUGACGUCACAGAUGAGAAGAAGGGACUUCGUAUUAGUAAAGAAGAUUGGCAGAAUAUCCAUGUCCACAUCGCUUCUUAUAACAAUUUCCCUACUGCGGCCGGAUUAGCUUCCUCAGCUGCGGGCUUUGCAUGCUUAGUUUUUUCUCUUGCAAAGCUAAUGAAUGUCUCUGAAGAAUAUGGGGCGCUCUCUGCAAUUGCAAGGCAAGGUUCUGGAAGUGCUUGUCGAAGUCUCUAUGGUGGAUUUGUCAAGUGGGUGAUGGGCAAUGAUUCAUCAGGAAGUGAUAGCAUUGCUGUACAGCUGGUCAAUGAAGCUCAUUGGAGUGACCUUGUUAUUCUUAUUGCAGUGGUAAGUUCCCGUCAAAAGGAGACAAGUAGUACUACUGGAAUGCGUGAAAGUGUUGAAACAAGUCCACUGUUGCAUCACCGAUCAAAGGUUGUAGUUCCUAGCCGCAUAGUGCAAAUGGAAGAAGCUAUAAGAAGCCGUGAUUUUGCAUCUUUUGCAAGUCUAACUUGUGCAGAUAGCAAUCAGUUUCAUGCUGUCUGCUUGGACACAUCCCCCCCAAUCUUCUACAUGAAUGACACGUCACAUAGGAUAAUCAGCUGCAUUGAAAGAUGGAACAAGCUUAAAGGUACCCCACAGGUAGCAUAUACUUUUGAUGCUGGUCCAAAUGCAGUGAUGAUUGCUCCAAACAGAAAAACUGCUACCGAUCUUCUUUGUAGGAUGCUCUAUUACUUCCCUCCAUCUCCAGAUACAGAAUUGUCCAGUUACAUAUUGGGCGACAAAACCAUUCUGCAAGAAGCAGGUCUGAAAUCGAUGGGAGAUGUGGAAGCUCUUCCACCACCGCCUGAGAUGGCAGACAAGCUUACUUCUAGAGUCAGUGGGGAGGUUAGCUACUUCAUCUGCACGAAGCCUGGCCAAGGACCUGUACUACUAGCUGAUGAAAACGAAUCACUUUUGCAUCCUCAAACAGGUCUGCCAAAGUGAUGCCAGCCUCAUCAAGUACCGUGUUAACUGCUGCUGUGUGCCGUCUUCAAUUAGUAGCUAAGUCCAAAGCCUAUUAAGUUUCGACUGUCUGUAAUUGUAUUUCAGGACAGAUUUUUGUUGUCAUAUACUUUGUAUCUCCCUGCUAAUCUUACAUGGAUGGCUUGCUGGUUGCAACUGUGAACA